GGCGACGCUAUGAUCCCGUUGAUGUCGGCGAUCCCGUGUGAGAAUUGGCCGCAACCGUGUGAAAUAAAGUGAAGGCCGGUGUUUAGCCGCCCCCGCCGCGUCGUCGGAGCCCCUGGCGCCCCACACGGAUGGUUUUUCGGCGCAGUUCGCGUCCAGUGUGCGUAAAAACGUGGUGAAAAAAUGUGAUGUUGUUUCUUUGUCUUUUAUUGUCGACGAUGUGAAGUGUGGUCGUGUUGCUGGUGAGUUUUCCGCCCAUUUUCCGGUACGAGGCGGCUGCAGUGGAGGCGGCCGCGGCUCGGACCUCCGCCACGUGUUCACGGCGAGUGGAUUGCGAUUUCGGAUGCACUGAUAAUCGUGAAUUCCCAUGUCGUCCAGCAUACGGCGGCCUCUCGUCGACUCAUCAUCAUCAUCAUCAUCGUGAGAAAGAUGUCACCAUUGCAAUGUUAAAACCAAGUGAUCUAAGCGUCGCGACGACGUCCGCACAGCGACGUCGUCGCAUCAAAAAAUAUAUCUGUGAUUUACCUCCUCAUCAAGACUGUGGACUUGAUCAAACAAAAGAAAAUUUCAACGUGUUUCAAACAAUACGUACGUGCCUAUUAACUCGAUUCGCGUCAAUUUUCCAAAAAACAUUAAUCAAGCCGUUGUUGCUUUAUUAUUUGUUACUGACGACAACGUGCAGUGUUGAAGCUUAUUCGAGCGCAUUUGACAAGAGUGAACAUUUACUAGAAAAGAUGAAUCUCGAACAGAGCAUCGCAGCAGUAUUUAACAAAGUAGCUUACGGAAGCACGACUAAAAGAUCCAUACCGGAUAAUGCUUAUCCGGUAACGACACUAGCGACACCUCUUCUCACGACGUACAAGUACUCGGAUGGUAAUGAUGAAUGGGAACGUGUCGAUGUCAAAAAUGAACGGCCAUCGGGACGAAGCAGUGUCGAUUUUGAAACAAGUGACUACGAAGAGAAGAAGGAUGAUGGAUAUGGAAGCGAUUUAGAAAAGGAUCACGUGUUGCCCACAUCGGCACCCGCAGCGGACAUUUUGAAAAACAACAAUAACAAACACUACAAUAACCCUAACCGGUAUAAUAACGACCGGUUAAAACCGGGCUUUGAACCGGGGGAACAAGUAACUGAAAGUAAUAUUAAAGCGACAACGGGGGCAAGUCUACAUCGAAAUGUUCGACCUACCAAGUCUAUGUACAGCAAAGACAUCCCUAGUUACAUCCCACCAAAUCGGGAUUUUUUCACUCCUCCCAUUCCUCCAGCAUUCCAACACCCUUUCGCCGACAAACCAACUCUUCGUGGGACAAAUUCACAUGGUUUUGCCAGUCGAAGACCCAUCCCUCCUCCUAGUUUAAUGCCCAGUAAAGAUCGAAUCCCUUUCCGGCCUGAUUUGCCCAAAGUCAACGCCGAGAAAAUCCCCGAACCCAAAACCGAAAAAGCCGAGAAGAAGAAAACGCUAAAUACGCCAUCACAGAGUGCCAAAUUGGGGGAUUUCUACGGUUUGAAUCGUCAUAAUGAGACGAGUUUCGAGUAUGAGAAGAGUUACGCUCCUGAACCGUCGAUUACGAGGAUUCUGAGUGGGUCCAAUGGCCGACAUGAUGAUAUACAAAUACCGGAAAUACUCUACAGGGCUGUUACAGCAACGCCACAGAAUGUGAAAACGACGAAAACACGAGCGCCGGCUGCUGAACCUUCAGUGGAGAUAGUUCGAGAUGAAGUGGAAGAGCACGAAACUGAGAAAAGUGAGGAAAUCACUGAAAGUGUUGUUACGGUGAGGAAGGAGGAAACGACGCAAGUUUCCGUUAAUUUGCCCAACGUUAAGGAGAAGGAGACAAACGUGACCAAGGCGAGUACGGAAGAGAUCUGGCUGAUUUGUUGGAAUGUUCAUGUGUAUUUGGUCGUGUUCGGAUAUAUACUCCUAGCGGUUUACUCGAUCUAUAAGUUGGUGAGGUACGAGAAUGACCCACAUAUGUUCUCAAAGAGUUAUUUCCUCACUAUUCAUUUGAUGUUGACGGUGAUUUGUGUUUUGAGGAUUUUUUACCUGACUUAUGAUCCGUAUAAUGUCAACAAAUCGUUCAAUAUUUUUCUCUAUGAGUUUUUACAUUCUUUUCCAUUAUCGCUCUUAGCGACAACAUUUGCCGUUUUGAUCCUCUUUCUACUGAAACGGACAUUAACACAUUUGGAAGUUAAGACUCGCCCGGUUUUUUUAGUCGUGUUUGCACUCUUACAUAUAGUUUUAUGUAUAUGUCUAAGCACAUUUGAGAGUUUUGGCCAUUUUGAAAAAGCCAGUCUUAUAGUAUGUCGGCCAGUUUUUGUCCUACUAUCAUGGGCUCUCGGUUUUAGUUACUUGUAUUUGUACCGAAUUAUUAAAAACGUCUUGGCUAAGAAAAGUCAGAAUUUGUCGGAAAUGUGCACCCAGAACAUCUCCUAUGCAUCUCAUAUAACUAUCGCCGUUGCUUUACUCUUCAUACUAUUGGGUUUCGUCCAGUUGUAUGCUUUAUUUUUCAUAAAAAUCGAUCGUUUUAACGACGAGACUAAACACCAUUGGAUUUUAUGGGGUUUCGAACUGUCGGUUCGCUUCCUUGAAAUUUCAAUAAUCACACUUUUGGCAAUUGUGGUGAGUUUGAAAAUGUCGCAACGUGAAAAACAAACCGGGGGUUUCCCCUUAUUUCCGUGUACGACUAGUGAUUCAAGCACUGAUAAUAUAUACCCUAACAAUUGUAAUACCAACCCAAAUGCACUAAAUUACAGUCGGAAUGAAAUGAUAAUGGAUAAUAUACCGACCGAGCCUGUUGAACGUCCGAAUUUGUUGAAAACCGCUUUUCAAAACGACUCCUUCGAUAAGAAAUCCACUCUCGAACGCUACCAUUCUGAUUCGGAACGAACUAGUAACUUCGACCGAUUCGAACGUCCGAAUUGGUCCGAUCGGUUCGAUUCACGACCGAAUAACCACGAGGCGAAUUUCGGCCGAAGUUCGGCUCGGUUAAACUCGGCAAAGUAUUACACGAAACCGAAGUAUGACGAUGAGGGACAAGAGAGGAAUAUCUAUAGCGAGCCAGUGGAUAAUCACCAGUAUGAAAGGACGAGGCAUGAUUUUGAAAGAGGGGAUUUCGAUCGAAGGAGUCGAAAUUCGUCGAAUACCUCCGGGAGGAGGUCGACAGGUCGUACGCGGAAAAAUCACGCGAGACCUCAUCUAGGAGUGCAGACGUUGCCGAAUCAUCAGGAUUCGAUGCUGGUGGACGAGCAGGGGUUUGUGAGGUUCAGGCAUAUGCAGGAGGAGAAGCCAAGCCAAGGGCAUUUUAGUGAUGCGUGAAAUUGGGGAGUGUGAUUGGGAGUGGGGGUUAGUGAGCCAAGGGGAGGAAAUGCAAUUGAAAAAGUACAAAUUUGCACAAUUUGGGUGUUCUAAUAAUAAAAAUAUUACAAAAAACGAUUACAUUGAAAAUUUGGAUUAAGGAUGUCUAGGAUAUUUCUAAAUGAGAUUCAGUAUUUUUACAUUUUUAUAAUUUGAUGAUUUUUUAAGUACAAUUUGUAUAAAAAAAGGACUGUUUCAACGUACAUUCUUUAUUAUGAAGUGUGAAUUUUUAUUUUGGAAAUUGAUGGAAUUUUUUUGAUUUUUUUAAUGAAUUUAUGAUACUCAAGAUUUAUGUUUUAGCUCUAGAUAUUAAUUUUUAAACUGUGAUUAAAUUUUUCAUAAUGGAAGAAUAUUCAUAGAUUUUUUUCGUUUUUAUUCACUUCGGCCAUUUUUUGAGGGUACAGUCAGAGCAAAGAAUAAUGUUAAUAGGAAAAAAGUCUUGGUAAUUGCACAAAGUUCCAAAGUUUCUUUCAUAAGUCGUUUCAAUUGAGAGUUAAUAUUUUGAUAUUUUUCUAUUGUGUAGUAUUAUUGAAUUUUUUUAUACAUAAAUUCUCGUGGGUAAUUCUGAAACAACGUUGAUGCCCAAUUACGGGAAACUUAGAACCUGACAGUUGGCACAAGAAUUAUUCUAGAAUUUUGCUCAAAACCAAUAAUCGGCCAAAAAGACAUAUUAGACAACGACAACUAUUUUGUUACUUAUUUAUUUCUUAUUUGUUGAUAAUACUCAUUUACUCUUAGUAACCUUUGGAAGCGCAGGGUACUAGAUAAGCCUCGUUUUGUGUGAUUUUAGCAAUAACUCGGACAUUUCGUUGAGUAAUUAUUAUCAGCUCACUGCCCCCACUUCGCUCCCUAAUCGACGUUUCGGCCUAAAUAAAACCCAAUUUUUCGCUUUUGACGUUUUAAAAAAAACUUAGCCAUGACAGUCACGUGUGAAUGCGGUGAUAAAUUUUGAUUGGUCCUCGCAAGGACAAACCUAAUAAAGUAAAAAUCCACUAAUUGUUAGAUUAUAGUGUAUGUACGAUUAUAAUACUUUACAAUGAUAAAGUAGCAGUGUAUAAAAAUGAAUUUGCAAAAGUGUACAUAUUUAUAAUAUUAAGUGACUAUAUAUAAUUUUAAUUUUUUAUAUAAUUUUUGAUAAGAUACAGGGUGUUCGUGUUGAAAAAAAACGGCAGCUAUGAUCCGAUUUUCUCAAAACUCUUCUCCGAAUUGUUUCGAAACCCUCCCAUACCCUGUAUAUUUUUAGUUAGUUUAGAUGAACGGACUGAAUUCAUGUUAUUUAUUAUCGUUCGGGCUAAAUACACGAGAAAUUACCGUCCUAAUGACCAAAAUAGGCGGCGGAAAAAUUGCUCGCUAGAGGGCGGCUUUUCCGGCGACGUGUCACAAAUAUGUAGAUGUGUUUUGUUUGUAUAUAUGUAUCUAAGCCAAUAUUUAGCCUUGCCAUUUUUAACUGCUGGGUUUUUUAAAUAACGUAAGAGUUAGGGAAGAAGAAGAAAUAUUAUUUUUGUAUAUUAUGUUCAGUAUUAUUUUUUUACGUUCACAGUAUUUAUUACGACGUUUGCUUUUAGGUUUCCUUUCUCACAAAAGACUUGAUUUUUAUAUACAUUCCUUGUUUACUUGCCACUCUAUUUACUUUUUAUAAUGUUCCUAAGUGACGUACUUAUACCAGUAAUUCUGACGUUUUUGCCAGUAUUUCUAUAACGCCUCUACUUGUAUUAGUAUAGAAAAAAUAACAUUUUUUCAUUUUUGAGUGUCACACAAAAUGUUAUUUUAAACAAAUAAACUACAAGAUAUAAGUGAAUCUGGUGAUUUUUCAAAUGUACAAAACUGAUGAAAAAUACAUUUUGUAAAGUCAUCGCUUUAUUUAUAUGAAUCGACUUCUAUUGUAUUAUAUUAUUGUAAAAUAUAAACUAUGUCCAAACUUGGAUUUAAUUAAUUCAAUCCCGUUUACUUAAUCCUGCCACUUUAUGUAACUAAUUAUACAAAGGUGUAUUGUGGGUUGCGUUACAUUUAACAUUAAUUACGAAAAUAAUUGAAUGUAAUUACACUGACAUGAACAGUUAAAAUCGUUGUUGUGUGUUUUACUAAACAACAAUGUCGGCAGCUUUGAAUAAGAAACGCAAACAAUGAAACGAUUGCUAUUAUUCCGCGUAAUUACAGUUGAAUAAAUCGAUAUUUAGUGCAUAGGCAACCAGUUGUUCGCAUAGAUUCGUAUCCCAAGUGGGCAACGCUUUGGAAAAUUUAUUCCGGCCGUCUUUUCAACAUAAUAUAACACGUCGUCGCUGUUAAAGUCGCUAAAAUUUGCAAGUCGCGAUAAAGAUCGAUUUAAAGCGCAGGUUAAUCCGUUCGAGGACGUUUCGUUUCUUUAUCGGUCACGUUCCUACUCUUAGUCCCGAAACAAAUGGACGAAUACGUUUCGAAAAUCAUAAAGCGCCGUUGUGUGGCUCUAAGUUUGAUAAAUGUGAGGAUCUGGAAGGAGAAUUAAUGGAUGUGUCACGGCUUCGCUUUAAAAAGGGUGCAAUUUGUUUUUUUCCUCAUGUCUAGAGGUGGUUUUCCAAAGAAAACGAAGAAAAAUUAAAAUGAAAUUCUGUGAUUUUCUAGCCACGCCUACUAGAGCAGACUCCGCCUUGAUGGUAUCGACUAAUUAAAUAACUACUGUACUAAUCGGAAAAAUCUGCCACGUGCGUCAAGUUUUCUCAUUUUCCGGCGGUUUCAUCUCAUUAAUAAUUGCUGGCCUCGGGGGGUUUUCCACGAAUCUGCGGAAUUUAUGUAAGGGAAGGUUAGACGUGUUGUACGUCUUUGACCCGAAAAGCGAUAACGCUAGCAAUGAUCCGAUUACGGCCCUGCAAUUACCUAUUUCAACGGGAAUGCCCGAUUAUUGCUAUUAUUCCCCAGCUAAAUGAAUUUAUGACCGCACGAUAACCUUUUUUGUUUCCAAGGAGGCCAGGAAGCGAAGAAAAGAUCCGGAGGGUGAUUUAUAAAUGCUAAUACGCGGUAUUGUUAGUUACAUAACUAAUAUUUUUAAUAGACUAAUAGUCGAGGCAAGCGAGCGUAGCGAGUGGAAAAUUAUUUUGACUCAUUUUUACUCGUUGUAGAAUGGCGAAUAACAGUGACAACUAAAUAAAUAUUAUGUGAAAAAAUGUGCGAUAAAAUCCACGCACAAUGUCCCGGUUAUAUACACGCUGUAUUGUUUUUUGUUGUAAUUAAUUCGAAUCAGCAAAAGCUCGUCGAAUUGUUAAAUAAACAUUGCGUUUGUUGA